AAAGGCCAAAAAGUGGGGUGACGGUGAAGGCAUGCGGGCAGCAUGGAACGGGUGAGGGAGCAGCGGCCGUUCUGCUCGCUCUCCAGGAGCCAGCGAGAGCACCGCGAGCGCGACGGAGAACCCGAACGCAAGUGCCGUUACGUCUCGGAGCGCGAGGACGCCGCCCGCGACUCCGCCGCGCCGUCCUGUCGCGUGCCCACGCAGAAGUCGUACAGCUCCAGCGAGACGCUCGAGGCCUUCGAGCAUGACCCGGCGCGGAUGCUCUUCGGGGGCAGGGUCAAGGAGAUGGCGCGCCAGGAGAGUGCCGCUGAGUACAGCCGGCCAGGGCAGACGUUCUCGCUGAGGCAGCUCGGCAUCUGCGAGCCUCGCCGAGGCCUGGCGCAGUGCCCCGAGAGGGGCCCGUCGCACCCCCUCGGCACCUACGCCCGGGGGCCCGCCUCCGCCUCGCAGGGGUGCGAACCCCAGUCCCCGGAACGUACCGUCGCCCUUUGGGGGAAGGGGGGCGGCAACUCGUGCCUCUCCAGCCGCUCCAACUCGGCGCUCACGCUCACCGACACGGAAAUGGACAACAAGUCAGACAACGAGAUGGGUGACCGUCUGUCCAGUCCUCAGGGUCCUCCCCCCCUGCCGCCGGCCCCCCCGGCGCCACCCCACAAGCAGCACCCUUCCAUCACGUCCCUGAGUCGCGGCUCGCUGGCCAAUCAGAGGGCCGCGAGCCCGCCACCCGCCGCCGGCCUGGCGGCCGAUUUGCAGAACACGGCGGAAUGCGUCCAGCUGCAGGACAGCUGGGUGCUGGGCAGCAAUGUGGCCCUGGAGAGCCGACUCAGCGGGACUUUGGACUAG